AUGCCUUCCAUGUUCAUUGCUGUCAAAAACAUUAAGCCGGAACACCAGCUCCGGGCAAUACGAGUGAGAGCAGUACGUGUCUAUGAAGUUCCUGAGAAAAGGGGAGAGGGGCAGGCCAGUAAGAGCAUGGAAGUAUUGUUCCAUGAUGAAGAGGGAGACUACAUUCAUGCGAGUAUCAUCAAAAAAGACAUUGGAAAGUAUAAAGAUACAAUCAAGGAAGGGAAAGUUUUUGAAAUCAAGAACUUCAUGGCUUCUACAAACUACUAUGUCUACAAGAUUACAGAGCAUGGUUUCAUGCUCAAAUUUAACUACAGAACACAAGUGAAGGAAAUACAUUCUAAUGGCUUUCCUUGCAAAAUGUUUAGACUAAAGAGUUUUUUGGCUUUGAAAGAUCCUGAUGAUGUGAAUGACAAGGAACUGAUUGAUGUUAUUAGAAGGGUAAUUGAGAUUUACAAUCCUGUGGACAAGAUUAUAGGGGGAAAGGCCACCAAACUAAUCGACUUUCAAAUUGAAGACAAUGCGUAA